AUGCAUCCGACCCUCCAAAACGUCCUUGUCUUCUCUCUCCUCCUCUGUACCGUCUCGGCCUCCGCCCUUGAGUCCUGCUGUCCGACCUACAUCGAAACCCACUACGGGCGCCGCGAGCCCGGCGACCCGUUCCUCGCUACCAUGCGCGACGUCCACGAUACCCUCUCCCGCUGCCCCGACAUCAAGAGCCUGAAGCUCCGCGUCACGGCGCUGGGUUGCUCCGAACACCCCGACCGCUGGAGCUUCCCCUUUGACCUCGCCGGCUCCUCACGCUACUCGUCGGUGCUGGAUGCCCUGGACCUCGAGGGCUACCACUUCGACGACUCGGCCUGGGCCGAGGUGUCGCAGCCGCCCUGGUCCACAGGCUCGCGGUUCUGGGACGCUAUUAAGUGGCUAGGCUCCGGUCGAGUCCGGGACUGGCUGCGGUGGUUACCGCUGUCGCCGGAGCAGAAGGCCAAGACGAACCUUGACCUCUGGCUCGACGCCAUGGAAUUUUCGCACGUCAGAGAGCUUUCCCUGAAAGGCAUGUGGCGCCGAUCGCCGGACCUGCGCGCCCUCGCUUCGCAGCUCAAGUCGCUCCGGUCGCUGACCGUCAGAGGCGGCGGCCCGUGGGCCAGGGACCUCAUCCUGGCCCUGCCGGAGAACUCGCUGACGUCUCUGACGUGGCAGUCGAGCGACGAGACGGGCGCCUCCGUGCCCCCCAUCCUCCGCCGCCAUGCGCAGUCUCUGACGAGCCUCGAGUGGCGGGAGCCGGAGAGCAACUAUCGGCAGCGGAAGGUCAUGACGCCGGGAGAGCUGGCCGAGCUGGGCCUCAUGGUGCCGAACCUCGAGAGGCUGACGCUCGACGUCGUCAACGUUACCGUCUUCCUCGAGAUCGCAAGCGAGUGUCGGCGGCAGCUGGACAGUUCUUCCACCGGAUACUCCGGUCCGCGGUGGAGAGAAGACGAGCCGGAGCGGUGCGGGGGCCUCGAGUCCAUGGCGCAGCCGCUGCUCGACCGCCCCGGCGCCUCCACGCUGUUCGAGUUCCUCCGGGAGAAGAAAGUGGGCGCUGAACUGACCAAGGCCGUCUCCUACGCCGGGGACUGGGAGCGGCCGUGGGACGGGGCCCUGGCGGAGGAAUCGUGGCUAGACGGCAGGCAGGCGUUUAUGGUCUGCGAGGCGCUUGUCGACGACGACGUUCCGGAGGCCGGGUCGUCGGGCAGAGGGCGUCUGUGUCGGGGAAUCGCCACCCACGUUGCCUCGCCGUAUUCGUUGUCAGGAAAUGCCGAGAGAUUUUAUGAUGCCGCGUGGCAUGGUGCUUUAGCCCAGCGCGCCCGGCUGAUGCAGUUGUAA